AAUUUUUUUAAAUUUGUUCUAUGGCUUUUAUUUGUUGAAUCCAUUGAAAUAGUAUUUUCCAUGUCUUGAGUCUUUGGAUCUUGGAGGGUGUAAAUAUCUCACGAGGACUCCAAACUUUAGCGGUGCUAAAAAUCUUCGUAAGCUAUCAUUUAUGGAAUGCUCAAGUUUGGAGAAGGUGCACUCUUCCAUUGGAGACAUGAAGAUGCUAGUUGAAUUAGAUUUGAGUUAUUGUGAAAGGCUGAAGAAACUUCCAAAGAAGUUUUGGCAUUGGCAGUUGAGAUCAGCAGAAGAUCCAUCUUCAUCAUCAUCAGUGUGUUAUUCCUCAAAAAUAAAAGAAUUGGGUGAAAAUUCGGGGAUGUUAACCUCACUACAAAUUUUGAACUUACAUAGAACCAAUAUUCACAGCCUGCCCGCCAACACUACCUCUCAUUUGUUAAAGCCUCCUAAAUCAAUCCCAAAUUUAUGGAGGAGUUUCUUCCAGAAUGACCACCUCAAACUAAUCCCACAAUUUCCUCCUAAUCUUCAGCAUAUUAGCUUAUACAAAUGCAAAAACUUGGAAGUAGUCUCAGCAACAUUUCCUACUUGCCUUUAGCGGAUUUUUUUAUAUGACUGCACAAACCUAAAAAUGCUGCUUGAACUUCCUCAAAAUCUCCAAUCUCUUUCUGUUAUCAAUUGUGAGUCGCUGGAAACAGUAUACUUACCAAAGAUGUUGAAAUAUGUGAAUCUCACCCAUUGCAAAAAAUUAAAGGAGAUUCAAGGCUGGGAGAAUGCUCAAUUUUUAACGAAAAUCGAAUUAAGAGGUGUUCCCAAUAUCAAGUUAUCAGAAAUCAUAAAUAAGGUUUUAAAAGUUUCCAAGUUGAAUUCCAAUAUUGAAUUUGAAGGAUAUCUUCCAAAUAAUGGAACUUUGAGUUGGAUUAAGUUUGAGGAAAAUGAAUCAUCAAUAUCUUUCCAAUGGCCGCCAUUAAUAUCUAAUUUGGAAUUCCUUGGAAUUUGCAUUUGGGUGGGACUACUGUGGCUCGACGCUAAAGAUUGUUAUAAAUACUAUGGCACAAUUGAAAAGGAUGGCUUCACAGUCUGGAGUCUUAAUUGGUAUUCAUUACUAAAUGGAGUCCAAGUCGAAUUAUUAGAAGAAGGGGAAAAUGUUGUUUCAUUUGUAGAUUUCAUUCCACAGGAUUGCUUUAUAGAUAUAAAAGCUGGAGAAAUCUUUAAAGUUAUUCUAGAGAUACAAAAUUUAAUAACACGAGACAUAAAACUCACAAUACAAGACAUACGCAUGAGCAAAAUGGUAAUUCUACAAGCUUUUCCCUUUUUCCAAAGAAAUAUUUGCGUCGGCGUCAACCAGACAGCAACCUCCAGCAACGGCAACGUUGACCAUAGGAGAUUCUCCCUUCGACGACGAGGAGGUUACAGCGCCGACGUCAUAGCGGCGUUAGCAAACCGGCGGCGACCUCCCUUCAACGGCGAUGUCCUCCCUCCAGCGACGCGGCCUUAG